GAUGAUGAGAACUCCCACCACAACGAAUAAGCGACCCUCCUCAACCAUGUCGGGCGAAGUACCCUUUAGGAUAUCUGUUUCAGAUGAAGAACUAUUUCUACUACAAAAAAAACUUGAUCUAGCAAGGUUUCCGGACGAACUCUCUAACUCCGGGUGGAAGUAUGGCGUUCCUCUUCAAGAUAUACAAAGACUUGCAGAAAGGUGGAAGAGCGGAUACGACUGGAGAAGUGAAGAAGCAAAGUUAAACGACGAACUUCCUCAGUUCACAAGAGAUAUUCAUGUUGAAGGACACGGCACCUUGAUUAUUCACUAUGUUCAUCAGAGAAGCGCCGUUGCAGCUGCUAUACCUCUACUCUUCGUGCACGGGUGGCCUGGAAGCUUCAUUGAAGUCCGAAAAAUACUUCCUCUUCUGAUCCAGUCAUCCCCAAAGCAUCCCAGUUUCCAUGUUGUGGCACUCAGUCUUCCCGGAUACGGCUUUUCUGAAGCACCAUAUAAACCCGGUUUCAGGGCCGUUCAAUAUGCUGAGAUCGGCAACAAACUGAUGCUCGCAUUGGGAUACCCCGAAUAUGUCACACAGGGAGGUGAUUGGGGCUUCAUGGUAACUCGCAAGAUUGCCGAGGUGUAUGGUAUAGUCCACAGUAAGGCCUGGCACACUAACAUGCCUGGUGGCUUCCCCCCGGCAUUCUCACGAGAGCCUCUGUUAUACCUCCGCCAGCUUCUCACACCCUACACUGCAGCUGAAAAGACUGGGUUAGCGCGUAGCGCGUGGUUCGCCAAACACGGAAUGGGUUAUUUCCGUGAACAAUCUACUCAGCCACAAACUUUGGGGUAUUCUUUGGCUGAUUCUCCCGUUGGCUUAUUGGCUUGGAUAUAUGAAAAGCUGGUAAAUUGGACUGAUAACUACCCUUGGACUGAUGAUGAAGUGCUCACUUGGAUCUCAAUCUAUUAUUUUUCACGCGCUGGGCCUGCCUCCUCAGUACGAAUCUACUACGAGAUGAUGCAAGACAAAGAAAAAGUCAUCAAACCUUUGACCCCCUUUGGCGUAUCACGCUUUCCAAAGGAACUGAACAUUCGACCGAGAUUGUGGACCAGAACGGUUGGAAAUCUUGUCUUUGAGGCAGAACAUUCCGCCGGGGGCCAUUUUGCUGCAUACGAGAAGCCAAAGUCCUUAGUCGGUGAUCUGAGAAAAAUGUUUGGUAAGGGAGGACCGGCUUACGGGGUGGUAAAUGGACAGAAAGGAUAUGAACGUGUGGGUACGAAGGCAAAGCUGUAAAAUAUGUGUAUAGAAUCUCUAUAUAUACGUGAACCCCUGGA